UCCCGUAGUUCAGGGCCGCCGCGCGGGGCGGGGGUGCGCGGCCUUUUCAAAGCGCGAAGCGUUUGAAGUACAACCGUUGGUGCAGGGGUGCGCGCCGCGCGUAGGCCUGGGUCAGCUGUCGUCGCUUCGCUCUUUUUCUCUAGGCUGGUGUGCGACUCUGGCGAGGUGAUUUGGCAUCAGUCACCGGCGGAAGAAGGAUCUGAGCCGCAGCUUCGCUUCUGCUGCCACCUGUCUACACCGCAGCUUUGCCAUCAGUAUUUCGUUGACUCGUGGGGUGGUUUAGGGUCCAAAGCUACUGAUGUCUGAGCCAGUAGAUCUGUUGGUUAACUUGCUGAGUCCUGUCAACUUCUUAAGACUGUUUCUUUUUGCUGCUGUUAUCUUUUACAAGAGACGGUGAUCCAGGAUCAGUGUGGCUGUUAACGACUUAGAGUGCUAUAAUGGAAGGAAUCAGUAAUUUCAAGACACCAAACAAACUACCUGAAAAUAGGAAAUCUGUAUUAUGUUCAACUCCGUGUAUAAAUAUUCCUGCCUCUCCAUUUAUGCAGAAGCUUGGCUAUGGGACUGGGGUAAAUGUUUACCUAAUGAAAAGAUCUCCAAGAGGUUUGUCUCAUUCUCCUUGGGCUGUGAAAAAGAUUAACCCUAUAUGUAAUGAUCAUUAUCGAAGUGUAUAUCAAAAGAGACUGACUGAUGAAGCUAAGAUUUUGAAAAGCCUUCAUCAUCCAAACAUUGUAGGUUACCGUGCUUUUACUGAAGCCAGUGAUGGCAGUAUGUGCCUUGCUAUGGAGUAUGGAGGGGAAAAAUCUCUAAAUGACUUAAUAGAAGAGCGAUAUAAAGACAGCCGAGGUCCUUUUCCAGCAGCUAUAAUUUUAAAAGUUGCUUUGAACAUGGCAAGAGGCUUAAAGUAUCUGCACCAAGAAAAGAAACUGCUUCAUGGAGACAUAAAAUCUUCAAAUGUUGUAAUUAAAGGUGAUUUUGAAACAGUUAAAAUCUGUGAUGUAGGAGUUUCUCUUUCAUUGGAUGAAAAUAUGACUGUGACUGCUCCUGAGGCCUGUUACAUUGGUACUGAGCCAUGGAAACCCAAGGAAGCUUUGGAGGAAAAUGGCAUUAUUACUGACAAGGCAGACAUAUUUGCCUUUGGCCUUACUCUGUGGGAAAUGUUGACUUUGUCUAUUCCACAUGUUAAUCUUAAUCUUACAGAUGAUGAUGAUGAUGAUGCCGAAGAUAAAACUUUUGAUGAAAGUGACUUUGAUGAUGAAGCAUACUAUGCAGCUUUGGGAACCAGGCCACCUAUUAAUAUGGACGAACUGGAUGAAUCAUACCAGAAAGUAAUUGAACUCUUCUCUGUAUGUACUAAUGAAGAUCCGAAAGCUCGCCCUUCUGCUGCACACAUUGUCGAAGCUUUGGAGCUAGAUGGCCAGUGAUCGUGUUCUUGAUGACCUCAGUACAUAACGGUCUGUUUUUUUUUAUGUCUCUAUAUAUGUUACUAUGAUGAUCUGUGGUUAUUACCCUCUGGAAGUGGCCUAUUUUAGGUCCACAGUGCCCUGUUAAUUUUGAAUAGCUUUUUAGCAUAAGGAUAUUUAUGUUCUUAUGAUAAGCACUUGGUAUUAUACUGGAUUUUAUGUGAACUUCAAAAAAGUGGUUAGAUGUUCCACAGACUUAAAACACUAGCAAUAAAAUGCUGUAAUCGGUUCUCACAUAAAUCUGAUCUGAGUGACCAUUCUAUUAAUGAUCUCUUGUAUAUUCUCUAUUUUAGUGGAUUAAAAAGUGUUAAAAAUCAACACUUUAUACACUGCAAAGUAAAUCUACAUUUGCUUAUAUUUUAAAAUAUCAAAACUUUUGCUGGCAUUUCCUGGCUGAUGUGCUUAUUAAAUGGUCACCAGAACCUAAGAAUAUGACUCAAGAGUAGCUGCUUGGGUAUUUCUAGACUCUUUGGUUACAGCUUGUCCUGCUGUCUUCUAUUGAUGUUUAAUUUAUUAAGUGUAUUUCCUGUACUAAGAUUCCUUUUUAAACUUUUAUGUACUAAUAUGUAUACUAAGUAUUUCAAAGUGUGGCAUAAAAAUAAUAAAACCCAAAUAGAUAAUAUAGAAUAAAGUAUAGCUUUG